AUGUCGCCAAAUGACUCUUUCGAGCCCAAAUACUUUCGUCUGAAUGGAGACACAGACCUCCCGCGUCCCGCCGCCAUGCAGACACGCGCCGCAUACAAGCCGCGCACAUCGGAAAGACGUCGCGGGCGCACCGGCUGUUGCUCCGAGCCCAUAGUACUUGCUCUCGGCUUCGCAGGAGCCUUACUCGCUGUGGUAAUUGUGGGUUUGUCCUGCAUCGGAGCCUUCUUUGCGUUUCUGUGUUCGGGUACUGGCCUCCUGAUCCUGCGGCACGCAGAGGGCUACGCGCACGCCCAUAUCAAGACGAUCUUCAUCGCGAGCGCCACAGGCGGCGCUGUUUUGAUUCUCGUCGUGGGCUUCCUCGUCGGGGUCGUCAUUCUGAUCGUACACUGGUUGCGGGAGGGGGUCUCUGGAGCGGCUGCCCUGGAUUGGACAAUCGUCGGCCUAGUCAAAUCCGCACUCGUCGGGGUCUGCGGACAAGUGGUUGGAAACUACGUCCUGCAGGGAAGAUUGCCAGGAGAGCUGGACCUGCACCUCACGCUCAAACUGGAUGGUGUCGGUUACUUACUGGUUAUGCUCGGCGCGGCGGCACGUGGCGGCGUGGCGCGGUGGGGAUACGUCCAAUGCUGUGCGUCUGACGGCAAUUCGAGCGACUGCUAG